AUGGCUACCCACACUGAGGAGCAUACCUACCACCCCAAGGAUACGAUCCAGGCGGCAUUGAAGACUACCAUGCUCACUGGUAGCGUGGGUCUUUUCGCUUCCGCAGUUCAGAAUACCCUCGUCAGGAAGAAUGUUGGACCCUGGGGUGUGUUCGUGAGGAGCGGCGGCACCAUCGGUGUUUUCGCGGCAAUGGGUGGUACCUAUGAGUUCGUGAAGAAUGCCUCGGCCAACUUGCGGGAGAAGGACGACCACUGGAACGUCGCUCUGGGAGGCUUCUUCUCUGGUGCUAUCCUGGGUCUCCGAGCCCGGACUUUCCCCGCCCUUCUAGGCUAUGGUGCCGCUCUGGCAGCCGCUAUGGGCGCUUUCGAAUUCACGGGUGGCUCGUUGUGGGGUAACAAGAGGGACGUUACUGUUGAUGAGUUUGAGCGUCGGCAACAGCUGAGGAAAGCAUACCGAACUCCAGGGGAAGAGACGCUCGCCGAGCUGGGUGAAGGACGAGGCAUUUACGGCCCUGGAUAUGCCGAGAGACGACGAGAGAGGAUCAAGGAGGCAUAUGGUAUUGACGUUCCCACAUCUGCAGUUCCCGCAUCAUGA